AUGGCGCAUCACCAGUUGGGCAACGGCAUGCUCGUCUCCGGUCCGCCGCCGACGCCUCCGAGGGGUCGGGAAACGAGUUCGUCGUGCACGAGUCCCUACACUUCCGGCGACGCCAAGAACUCCGGCGAAUUCGCCAAGAUGUUCGGCAUCCCCUCGGUGGAAUAUUCAGUCUCCGCUGCGGGAUCCCGGUCGGCUCACCCUUCCGGGUCAAAGAGAACCCCGCACCCUCCGUCUCCGAUCCCGACCACCGGCCUCAUCAUCUCCGGCGACUCUUCCCGGCGGAGGGCGAGGCAGGGGGGAGCGGUGACGGUGGUGGAGGGGAAAACGUUCGAAUACGGGGUGCCGAGGGCGUGCAUGUGGCUGGUGGCCGCGGUGCUCUCGGUAGGGCUUGGGCUCGGCGGGAUUCUCUUGGGGGUGGCAGGGCGGCCGGAGCUUCUGGCAGCGGUUGCGGCCGCGUCCGCCUUGGUGGGGGCGGUGGCGAUCUGGAACCGUGCGAUGGGAGCGAAGGAAGUGGAGAGAUCCAUAAGGAGUCUCCCCGACUACCCCUUCAACGGCCCGACCGAUCUCCCAAUCGGGCAACUGGUCAAGAUCACCGGGCACGUGACGUGUGGAAGUAUUCCUCUUGAAACAUCCGGCGAGGAGGGGAUUAAUUGUAGGUGCGUUUAUGCGUCCACUCAAUUGUACGCGAGGAGAAGAAGAAGAUGGAGACUGAAAAGCUCAGAGAAACUCGUAGCAGAUUUCUACAUAUCAGACUCGACUUCAGGGAUGAGAUUUCUGGUGCGAGCAGGCCAUGGAGCCAAAGUUACUCCUUUUGUUGAAUCAGCUGCAACGGUCUUGGAAAUCAACAGCGAGGAGAAAACGCUGUCAUGGCGGAAGGAGCAUAACCUAUCGAUACAAAACCAGUUGCGCCUAGAAAAAUGUUACAUCAGAGAAGGUGAUAGUGCGAGUGUGAUCGGCGUCCUGAGGACGAACAAGGACUUGUUGAUUGUGGAUCCGCCUUCGGAUUCGGAUCUUCUGUCUACGGGAUUCAAGUGGUGGAGGUGCUUGUUCCCCUUCUUGGUGAGAGGCCUUAUCCUAAUUGGAAAAGAAAGUUCAGACGAGGUGAUAUAUCGAGUCUGA